GAGGAGCCGAGCGCUCGCGGCCGCGCCGUGGAGCGGGACUCAGGCGGCUGCGGAGGCGGUGGCGGAGGAAGGGACCAGCGCGGGGGCGGGCGAGCGCGGCGGAAGCCAGAGAGCGCGGGAGGGCCCGUGGCUGGCCCCGGGCAGGAGCCGGGGCGACAGCGACAGCGAUCCAGGCGAGGGAGGCGCAGGCGGCGGCGGCGGCGGCAGUGGCGGCAGCGGCAGCGGGGGCCCGUGUCCGUGCGCUACGGCGGCCAGCGGGCGCGGGCCAGCGCGAUGGAGCCGCAGCACGUGCGCCCCGUGCUUGGAGCCCAGAGCCCGGCCUGGGAGGAACCGGAAUCCGAGAGGAUGGCCGGGGCCGGCAGCCAGCACCACCCUCAGGGCGUCGCGGGAGGAGCGGUCGUUGUGGCCGGCGCGGUUUCCCCUACUGCUGCAGGACCCGGAGAGGAUUCGUCCGACAGUGAAGCGGAGCAGGAGGGACCCCAGAAGCUGAUCCGCAAAGUAUCCACCUCUGGACAGAUCCGGACCAAGACCAGUAUUAAGGAAGGACAGCUGCUGAAGCAAACCAGCUCUUUCCAGAGGUGGAAGAAGAGAUACUUCAAGCUUCGGGGCCGCACACUCUAUUAUGCGAAAGACUCCAAGUCCUUGAUAUUUGAUGAAGUUGACCUCUCAGAUGCCAGUGUCGCGGAAGCAAGCACAAAAAAUGCCAACAACAGCUUUACGAUCAUCACUCCGUUCAGAAGGCUGAUGCUAUGUGCUGAGAACAGGAAAGAGAUGGAGGACUGGAUCAGCUCUCUGAAGUCGGUGCAGAGCAGAGAGCCCUAUGAGGUGGCCCAGUUUAAUGUGGAACAUUUCUCAGGGAUGCAUAACUGGUACGCCUGCUCCCACGCCCGGCCCACCUUCUGUAACGUGUGCAGAGAGAGCCUCUCUGGAGUUACCUCCCAUGGCCUGUCCUGCGAAGUGUGUAAGUUCAAGGCUCAUAAAAGAUGUGCAGUGAGGGCAACAAACAACUGCAAAUGGACCACGCUGGCCUCCAUCGGGAAGGACAUCAUAGAGGACGAGGAUGGUGUUUCCAUGCCUCACCAGUGGCUCGAAGGCAACUUGCCCGUGAGUGCCAAGUGUGCAGUCUGUGACAAGACAUGUGGUAGUGUUCUUCGCCUGCAAGAUUGGAAAUGCCUUUGGUGUAAGACCAUGGUACACACUGCCUGCAAAGACGUGUACCAUCCUGUCUGUCCACUAGGCCAGUGUAAAGUAUCCAUCAUACCUCCGAUCGCACUAAAUAGCACAGAUUCUGAUGGUUUCUGUCGAGCAACCUUUUCCUUCUGCGUCAGCCCUCUCUUGGUGUUCGUCAACUCUAAGAGUGGAGACAAUCAGGGAGUGAAGUUCCUUCGUCGCUUUAAACAGUUGCUCAACCCGGCUCAGGUGUUCGAUUUAAUGAAUGGAGGCCCUUAUCUAGGCUUGAGAUUGUUCCAAAAGUUUGACAAUUUCCGGAUCCUUGUCUGUGGAGGAGAUGGAAGUGUAGGCUGGGUUUUGUCAGAGAUUGACAAGCUGAACUUGAAUAAGCAGUGCCAGCUUGGGGUGCUACCCUUGGGUACAGGCAAUGACCUUGCUCGAGUUCUUGGCUGGGGAGGUUCGUAUGAUGACGACACCCAACUUCCUCAGAUACUAGAGAAGCUGGAAAGAGCCAGUACCAAAAUGUUGGACAGGUGGAGUAUAAUGACCUAUGAACUCAAAUUGCCAGCAAAGGCGCCUCUACUUCCUGAACCUGUAGAAGCGACUGAAGACUUUUACAUGACAAUUUAUGAAGACUCCGUUGCAAAUCAUCUUACGAAAAUCCUCAAUUCUGAUGAGCAUGCAGUGGUCAUUUCGUCUGCCAAGAUACUCUGUGAAACCGUGAAGGAUUUCGUUGCCAAAGUGGAGAAGGCACAAGACAAAACACUGGAAAAUACAGUAGUAGCCGAAGCCGUGGCCAGUAAAUGCUCAGUCCUAAACGAGAAGCUUGAACAACUGCUACAAGCCCUGCAUGCAGACUCUCAGGCCAGUCGAGUUCCCCCAGGGGUUGGCCCGGCAAUCCCUGAAGAGGACACCAUGGAGUCCACCAGUGAAGAGUCGCUGGGUGAAAGCAAGGAGCAGCUCCGAAAUGACAUUGGGAAACCCUGUUCCCAGAAAGCCGUGAAGCCCGGGGAGAUAAUGCUGCGGGCCAACAGUCUAAAGAAAGCAGUGAGGCAAGUCAUUGAAGAAGCUCGAAAAGUCAUGGAUGAGCAGACAGUGCAGCCCUGUGACCCAGUUAGUCCAUCUUGUGACUAUGAUACAGAAGCAAGCGAAGCUAAAGAGGAUGACACGAAAGAGUCGUUAUCAGCCAAAACCACAUCUCAGUCUCCUGAUGCCCAGGCAAGUCGUGGCCAUUCCCAGACAGAUUCUGUCGCUGGUCCAGCUACGGCCACCACCAAAGAAAACCUCCCUGUGCUCAACACUAGAAUAAUCUGCCCAGGUUUGCGAGCAGGGCUUGCGGCCUCCAUCGCUGGGAGUUCCAUCAUCAACAAAAUGUUGCUGGCGAACAUCGAUCCUUUUGGUGCAACGCCAUUUAUUGACCCAGAUCUAGAUUCGCUAGAUGGAUACUCUGAAAAAUGUGUCAUGAACAACUACUUUGGGAUUGGAUUAGAUGCAAAAAUUUCAUUAGAAUUUAAUAAUAAGAGAGAAGAACACCCUGAAAAGUGCAGAAGCCGAACUAAAAACUUGAUGUGGUAUGGGGUCCUCGGGACCCGGGAGCUACUACAGAGGUCAUAUAAGAAUCUGGAACAAAGGGUGCAGCUGGAGUGUGAUGGGCAGUAUAUCCCCCUCCCCAGUCUACAAGGCAUAGCGGUGCUGAACAUCCCCAGCUACGCAGGAGGCACCAACUUCUGGGGCGGAACCAAAGAGGACGACAUAUUUGCUGCGCCAUCCUUUGAUGACAAGAUCCUGGAAGUUGUCGCAGUAUUUGACAGUGUGCAGAUGGCGGUAUCAAGGGUCAUCAAGCUGCAGCAUCACCGGAUAGCACAGUGCCGUACGGUAAAAAUCACUAUCUUUGGUGACGAGGGAGUCCCAGUGCAGGUGGACGGCGAAGCGUGGGUCCAGCCUCCAGGGAUCAUCAAAAUUGUGCACAAAAACAGAGCUCAGAUGCUAACCAGAGACAGAGCCUUUGAAAGCACCCUGAAGUCUUGGGAAGACAAGCAGAAGUGUGACUCUGGGAAGCCAGUUCUUCGAACCAAUUUGUACAUCCAUCCUGCCCCUGACCUGGCAACAGAGGAAGUAUCACAGAUGCGGCUCUGCUCCCAGGCUGCGGAGGAACUCAUCACCAGGAUUUGUGACGCAGCCACGAUUCACUGCCUCCUGGAGCAGGAGCUGGCUCACGCGGUGAAUGCGUGCUCACACGCCCUCAACAAAGCCAACCCACGCUUCCCGGAGAGUCUUACGAGAGACACUGCCACUGAAAUAGCCAUCAACGUCAAGGCGCUGUAUAAUGAAACAGAGUCUUUGCUAGUGGGCAGGGUUCCUUUGCACUUGGAGUCUCCUCACGAAGAGCGGGUGUCCAGUGCCUUACACUCCGUGGAGAUGGAACUUCAGAAGCUAACGGAGAUCCCCUGGCUGUAUUACAUCCUUCACCCCAAUGAGGACGAGGAGCCUCCUAUGGAUUGCACCAAAAGAAACAACAGAAGCACAGUCUUUCGCAUAGUGCCAAAGUUUAAAAAGGAAAAGGCUCAGAAACAGAAAACAAGUUCACAGCCUGUUCAGAAUUGGGGCACAGAGGAAGUUGCUGCUUGGCUGGAUCUGCUCAAUUUGGGAGAGUACAAAGAAAUCUUCAUCCGUCAUGACGUCAGAGGGGCUGAACUUUUGCAUCUGGAAAGACGAGAUCUUAAGGACCUGGGGAUUCCGAAAGUGGGUCAUAUGAAGCGAAUUCUCCAGGGAAUUAAAGAGCUUGAAAGGAACCCCCCCAGCUUGAUCUGAGGUGUGACCACACUGGUGCUAUUUCUGAGAAGAGAAGUCCUCGCCGCUCAAUACAGAGUCCUUGGAAGGCACUGGCUGUUCUUGUGAUUUACUGCACAGAUAAGCACCUCUGGAGCACCUCUCUCCAUUGAUAUUUUGCUGCGGGUGAAAGUUUUGAUUUGAGGUAUCAGGAAAUAAUUUUUGUGCCAAAAAAAGACCAUUCCACUAAGCCACAUUCUCAUUGUGCAAACCUGACAUGCUAAAAAAAAAAAAUGCUCACAGUAGUGGAAGAAGGAGCAGACAUGAUUGCCUUGUCUAAAAAGAGGACUUGCUUGCCCAUUGUCCAUUGUCUUUAGAUCUGGGCCUACAGGAGGUUCCUAUGUGCACCUGCAGCUGUGUUAACAGAGUGCAGCUGAAACUCCGCAAGCUUCAUAGUGAAGGCGUCGGCUCCUCCCUAGAAGCCACUGGUUAGGAGAUAAAGAUAGGAGUUGUACUUUUUUUUCACUCUAAGUUUCCCAGUAUCCACUGGUCAAAAAAAUACGGUGAGACCAACCCGUCACACCUGUGGCUGAUGCAAAUCUGAUGCACGAUGAUCCUUGCCUGAGUUGUCUUUCUUUUUCUUGCAUGUCAUAUAUAUUAUUGUAAUAUUUCAAAUAGCUUUAACGUCUAUUAUAAUGAAAUUUAAUUUAUUACCACCCAACUACCCAAGCACUUUUUGGUUGGUUAAGGGCACUUUUGAGUAAAUGUUCCGUACCUAAGACUCUGUGAAUGUUCGUCUGUGCCAUGAUCAACAAAUGAUAUGCAUCUUGUGCAAACCAAAUCAUUUGCCUGUGCCAAACCACGGGUGUGCACAUAAGGAGAAUUAUUGGGCGUUUUCAGAAGCUUACAUGUUCUGUUGCCUAAUGAAACUUACUCCCACUUUCCAAACCCAAAUUCCCACCGUUUGUUCCAAUUUUUUUUUCAUUUCAUUUUAAUAACCAUUCUGAGUUUCUGCUUGCACUUGUAAGACUUCACAUCUAGGAACUUUCCAAGGUCUAGGCUGAGAUUCCUACACCGAGUUCUGGGGACUAGCUGAGGUGAGUGUUGACAGGAACUCAGCAAUAGGAGGGAUUUCAUUUUGUUUCUUAAGGGCUUUUUGUAUUAUUCUCUCACAUUUUGAUAGUCUAUCUGGUAGAUAUUAUUUCCCUUUUUCUAAAUCAUUAUGUGUCAGUGUCUCUCAAUAGAAUUAUCAAGUAUUUGAAAGCCAAAGGUGUACAUGUUAAAAAAGUAAAAAAAAAAAAUUGUUUUCUGGUCAUUAUAUGCCAAAAAUUAAUUGUAAUAUCUGAAAGUUCUAUAUAUAAGAGAAGCAAGCAGGGUUGCUGACCCAGUGGAGAUGGCUUUGAUAGAGUAACAUGCUAGGUGCUCAAUAGAUCCAUACAUGUGUACACACUUGCCAUGUACCUUAACUGCAUGUGUGCACUUACUGACAUAUAUUGUCUUGACAUAUAGUAUCCAUGGUACUUUCUAGACAAUCAUUUGCCCAAUGCUUAGUUUUCUAUUUUUACUUCUAACUUGGAUAUUCACUAGGAAAAAAAUACCCAAAUUUAAAUACUUUUCCCAUGAAAAAUCAUCCCAGAGCUCUCCCAAGAUUAUUGUUCAAGAGAAAGGGGUGGGGGUGGGGAGAGGACUCCAGUAUAUAAAGGGUGUAUUAACACGUUACUGAGUUUUCAUCUUCUCCCAAAUACAUCAUUGUCAAUAGAAAAGACAUUCUAAUGGCUGCCGCCCUAGGGGUGCACAAUGAUUGGCUGUUUUUGUUGGUAAUCUUUUCAGUUCCUGCUAGCUAACACCUUUUAUGAAUUCUGUAAAAUCCUGACUCAUGAAAGCUUUAAGUGGAAUGGCUUUGGGAUGAUGGAAAUUCUUUAAGAUGACACUUUAGAUGAACGAUUUUGUCCAUUGUGAACAUUUCUCUCUCUAAUCCAUGCCUUGGUGGGUCAGACUCCAGUGAGUUCUGACACUGGCUUACCAGCAGUGUACUUCCCGAGACUCCCUCAUCUCUGCUAGUGUCGCCGAGAAGCUCUAAUCCUACUUGAGGUGUCAGAAUGAGGAUCCUUAUGAGGAUCUAGCCACAUCCGGGAGUGCAGAGGGCUGGCUUUGAUCAGGUGUGCACCCGGCUAUAGCUCUCUGAAGCAUCUCAUCUGCACCCCCUCCACCCAGGAAGCAAGAGAGCUGAGUGUUCUCCAGGUGACUAGGCAGUUCCCAUUCGUGCCCAUGCACAUCCUUACUGUCUCCUGCUCAUGUCUCUCCAUCAGCUGCCCCAUGACGAAUGUGGGGGUGGGGAUUAAAUACACUUUCAGCUUGCUAGACAGUUGAAAUGAAUUGGUAGGUUAGACCGUUUGAAGAUACUGCUGUAGUUGAGAAGAUGGAAACAGUGGACGUCCAGAUCAGACCUGUGCUGUCUGGCAUUUUAGCCACUGGACAUCUGUGGCUGUUAAAUUUAAGUUUAUUCCUGCUAAAAGUUCUGUUUAUCAGUCGCACUACCUACAUUUUGAGUGCCCUGUAACCACAAAUGCUGAACAUUUCGACCAUUACAAAAAUAUUUCAUUUGACAGCAGUGAACCAGCAUCACUGCUACCCAAUCUGUGGCCCAUGGGCAUCGGCCAGCGUUCAUGUUAUCUGGAAACUUACAACAGUGCAGGCCGUCGGAGCUGACAAGAUGGUUCAGCAGGUCUGGCAACAGCUUUGAUACCAGAUGCCAUAUGCAGGUGGAAAGAGAAACACCUACAAUCUUGUCCUCUGACCUCCAUCUUCCCACCACGGUGUCCUUACCCACAUACACACAACAGUAGGUACUCAGAACUUCAGAUUCACUCCAGGCCUGCUUCUGGAGUCUUCCUCUUAAUGAGAUUUCUGGGGCCUCUCCAGCCCUUGGGGACAUUAAGCUUCCUGGGUCCCACAAUUGGCUUAGGUCGUUCUUGCUCAUGACUUAAUUCACACUGACCAUUCCAGAAGAGCGUGGACUGAGAUAAAGAUUAGGCCUCCUCCUUCAUCUUGCACACUUUCAUUUUCUUGUAUCAGAAGAGUCUCCUGUGGACUUACUUCAUGCUCGAAGGGACACAGCAGCCCAGGCCUGUUAAGUGAGUCCUUAGGUAUGCAAAAAAGUGGGGGAAGAACCAGAAAGAUUGUUAAGAAAAGUGAGUGUGCCGUUUGAACUCUGAAAGCAGGCAUAUUUUUGCUUGAUUUGGAUCUCGUUAUCUUAUAACAUAUCUUGAUUUUCACAUGGUUCAAAAAUCCCUUAAAUAUAGUUGCUUUAAGGUAGUAUGUUUUGACCUCCAAAUUCAAAUUAUUCUAUACUGAGAUUUUUUUUUCCCAGUGAUUUAUUGUCAGGAAUCUGUCCCUUAAUUAUUUUUAUAUUUUAAUAUAAAUGACCCAAACAUAACUUCCUGGCUUCUUUGAUAUAUAAUCUGUCUAUUUUUACAUGAAUUGACAGGCUAUUAAUUGAAAAAAAUGAAAAAAAUAUACAUCACGUCUAACGUCAUUUACACGGGCAGGUGAACUAGAGUACCUUGCCAACUUUCAUUUCCCAGGACGAAUUCUUUAGGGAUAUCAAUUUUAACUUAGCUGUAAAAAUCAAUCCCUUUUUAAAUUCUAACAUCUGGAGUCUCUCUUGCCCACCCAACCCCAACCUCAAUAGGAACAUUCUCUGUCUGUCAGCUAUAAGAUUAUUAGAUAUGGGGUUUAUAAUUGCUUAGAAGAGAUGUCAGUUUUCAAACCCUAUCCAGUACAGGUGGGAAUAAAGGAAUCAGAAAUGAAGCAUCCUCAGAGGGACUGCAGACCACUGGGACUGCUUUGCUAGUGGCCUCCUGGUCUCCCUUUCUCUCACUGCCCACCCAAGGGAAGCAAGCCCUUCCUCUCCCUUGUUUCUGCUGUGGCAUCCCUCAGGUGACUUCUGUGUCACAGUCUCUGUCCCAUAGGUAAUGAUACCUUAGCAAUAGGAUUCCUUCACAACGAAGCAACUAGAACCUGUAAAGGGUGGUAAUUGUUUUUCUUCUAUAUAUAAUAAGCCAAACAUUGUUUUUCUUUAUAUUGUUUUCCAAGUUUUGUUUAGAGAUAUUUAUGUUAGAAGAAAAUAUAUAAAGGAUUGUUGAUACAGAGAACAGAGAGCUGAAGACAGCUGGACUGUAUCUACCGUUUUGUAUAGUACUCUCUGUCAUUUUCAGGUAAAGAAAUUAAACCAAGGCUGCAUUAACUCAAUAACACUGCUUAAGAUAGACUCCACAUUACAUAUUAUAUACUAUAGGUGAGCAGCUUAUUUCCAUUUAUGUAAUCUAAGAUAUAAUAUUUAUAUUAUUUAAUAUGCUUCUGUUUCUUUUUGCACUUCCAAGUUUUAGUUGGAAAAGAAAAAAAACCAAACCAUGGCCUAAAAUUUAUUUAAAAAUCCACAUAAAAAUAUUUCCUAUUAGCUACCCAUGCAUAAGACUUUGUAAAUAGUCUGGACAUUUCAUAUUAUCUACAUUUCAAGAGUAAAUUAAUCAAACCCAAGAGAACACAGGGUUACUUAUAAAAUGCAUUAAAAUAAAGACAUUUCACACUCAACUGAUGCUAUCAAAGUAGAAUAAUGCAGUUCAAUACAUAAGCAAACCAGAAGAAGGGGCUUUUGUGACCCUUCCCUUUGGAUGGUAGCAUUGUUCACACGGCUCAGCCAUUUCCGUGUCUACAGUCUGAGCAGUGACUGUGGAAGCAGCUGAGGCUUUCUCACAGUGCUGGAGGCUGAUAGCUCAUCCUGUGACAGGCUUGGGGAUUAUAACACUCACCGUUCUGUGAGUUAUAUAUUAUAUACUGAAGAUGACUAAUACAUUGGAGUGAUAUAUUUAUCUAGAGCUGGUAAAUAUGAAAAUUAUUUUCAAACUGUCAAGCUUAAAUGAGAUUGACUUUUCUUUAGGAGACAUAAAAGUCACUUGUAUGUUUAACUCUCUAUUUGUACAACAGCUUUCUCCUACUGGUGUUGUUAAUUUUCAUACUAAAGCUUUUCUUACCUUUUUAUACCAAAAAAGAAUUAUCAUGUUGGUUAUUCAAACUUGCCAAGAUGUAUUUGAGUUUGCAAGACUUUUGGCAGAUAAAAAUACUUAAUAACAAGCAGAUACAAAAGCUUUGUAUAUUUUGUGGCUUUAGAGGCAAGAACUGUAUCUUUCAUUUUCUCUCUGCGGGACAGUGCUGAUGUGAGCAUUGUCCCUUGACAGUAUUACUUAGAACGGUUGUAUAAAUCAGUCCCUUAUUUAUUAUGUUGUGAAAUGUACUCUUUAUACAGAACACAUAGUCAAGCUCCUUUCAUUUGUACUGCUGUUGCCUGGAGUGUAAUAGCUCUGUUAAUGGUUGACUUAUAUACUUGAAAUGCUCAUUUCUGUGAAACAGACGCCCAGUGUAUUCCUUCUUUAAAAAAAAAAAAAAGAAAAAGAAAAAGAAAAAUGAAAAAAAAAUUUCUCUCCUGUCUUAGGUAACUGAGUUAGAGUUACCAGUCAUAGGAACUUUUCUACAAGAUUAUUUUUAUUUCUAAAAAGGCACAAAGCAGAAAGAAAGGCUAAAAUGGGUAAUGUGGUCAAGAGCUCCAUUAGGAAAUAUUUUGCCCAGAAUAUGUUAUGUCUUCAAUCUGUAAGUUUUUUCCUUGUAUUGGGGGAUUUUUAAUUCUUGAGGUGGGGACGUGUCUGUGAUUUCACUAGCCAAUGUGGUAUUCCGAUUAACGUUGAAUCUUAAAUCCUACCACAAAUGUCUUACCUCUAAUAUCUAACCCUGGCUCCAGAGUCAGCAUUGGAAACCCAUUUCCUGGCUUUGGGCUACACUGGGAACGGAAGCCAUGUGGAUAACCUUUGCUUAUUACCAUCAAGUAGCCAGGAAGUUUAGCUGACUUUUUCAUUAUUUCCUUUGGAUGCAUUCUUGACUCAAAUGUAAAAGCCUAGACAUUUAAAAUACAGUUGCCCAACACACCACACAGAAUCACUUGUUUUUCAAAAGAGGACCAAAAUUCCUACUGAAUGUUGCAGAGCAAAUAAAUCACUUUAAUUCCUAAAUCCAACUGUUUUCCUUCUGUUUUAUAAUGUAAACAGCAGGUGAAUUGUGAGUCAUAUAAACCCAUUGGGAGAUCAAGAAUUGAUUUGCUUUUAAUAACAGACAGCUUUAUAUUUCCCUGCCAUAGAUGCAUUAAUUGAGGAUAGAAAAAAAAGUGAGAAUGUCUUAGAAACAUAGAUAUUGCAGGAACUUGAGGCAGUUUGGCAAGUCCCAGGAACAAAGAGUUUGAACACGUCUUUCUCUUUGUACUACAGAAGGACUGAACACACAUAAAAUGUGUAGUGUGGUGAGUGCUGCACCUCAGAAAGCACCCCACUGCUCAAGUCUGAAGUCCUAGCUAGAAGUUAGCUAAUUAACUCUCUGGGGAGCCCAUUUUACUGCAGAAAUUGAAGCCAUCGGGGUGGGUGAGCUAACCUCUUAUACAUUUAGAACAGUUCCUGCCAAUGUUUAUUCCCAGGGCAGAGCUGUCUGUACUUUCUCAAUGAAGAAUAGACACAGGCAUGGGGGGCUCGGAUGGUUCCUUUAAAGGGCGUGGCAAAGGCGACUCAGUCCCUAGGAUGAACAGGAGACAUGUUCAUGAGCUAGCUGAGCCGUGAAGUGUGUUAGCUGUGAGAUGUUUCCCUUUGAGACAGUGCUUGUUUUCCCCUCACCUCUUGGAUCAUUUGGUCACACCUUGUCGCCAGUCCACUGUGUCCUCUAUAUACUAAUAUAUUGUGGUGUCUUGGGUCCUCAGUUCUAAGGGUUGUCCAACACUGCCAGUUACAAGUAGUCAAAUUGCCUUCUACAACAAGAAAGGACAGAUAUCAUCCACACUACCUAAAUUUACUGUGUCUUUUCCAGUGACAUUUUAAUUAUAAAGAAAGACAUUCCAGUUAUGACACGAAAAGGAAAUGAUCCUAUCUGGUUACCCUUGGCAUUUCACAUGGAAAUAAAAGUGGAAGGCAAGUCUCAGUGGCAGAGUGUUUAUACUGCAAGUGUGAAAGCCUGGUUUACUCCCAACAGUGCAGUAGUACAAACAACCACAACAAAAUGGAAGCGAAGCUGAAUGAGUGGGUCAUGGGUCUCUUAGUCCGCAUAUUAGGUUUUCUGUAUUCAUGUUAAAUGGCUAGCUUAUUGAGAUGAGCAUAGCUUUCAGUGAAGGCCCUGACUAUUUCCUUAGAGUAACUGCCCCAAGAAGAGACAUCACAUUCAAUCUCCUACUGGCAUUCUUACAUCCCAGAGUACAGGGACACCAAUUUGCCUUGUGUUGUCUUUGCUCAAAGUCAUCAAGUAGACUUUCCUGUCCCGUGAAUCAGUCUCUAGAACUUUGCCUCAAGAAUGGCUGAUGGAGCACAGUGCAGGGGAACAAAGGGCAGGUCAGGAAGCCCAGUGCUGCCUGCCCUGCCACCGUUAGCCCUGCUUCUCCCUUCUGUCAGCCUUUCUAUCUCAGGAAUGCAGAGCAGCUCCAGCAUGGGGGGUUAUACCUUGGCAGAAUGACACGGCACAAGUCAGCUCGUCCAAGAAACAGUGCAAAUUCAACCUACUAUGAAGCAUUGCUGGACGGCCUCCAAAUUGUAAUGGCUUUGCUUCAGCUGCCUACAGCAUGUUUUUUGUAGAGUUUUUGUUGAUGGUGGUGGUUGUUUAACCCAUCUCAAUGAUAACUGUCAGGCCAAUAUUUCACCCACGUCUCAUGUAUAUUCAAAGUUUUUCUGUUAAUGUCAUAUUCCGCUUUACACACACACACACACACACUUCCCACUGAAAUUUUUUAAUUUUAUUUUCAUACUGUCGCAAAUUACCAAAAUACCUUCAAAGUCUUGAUCUUGCAAGGACGCAUGCCUUUGGUGCAAACAGAAUAUUAUUAGGCAAAAGCAAUUGUUUUGUCAAGGAGCCUCAUAUAAUAAUCACAUUUCUUUACAUCAGAAAUUUGUCAGAUGUGAAUUCUUGUUUCUGAAAGUGAGACAUAAUUUUCACCAUUUCUGCCAAAAUCUUGCUUGUAAGUCAUACACCUGCCCUGCAGACUGCUUUUCUGUUCUAUACACUGACUAUACCUCUUCAUAGACAAAUAUAUAUUGAUUAUGAACUUGGAAAAGAAUAAAAAAACAGUUAAUAACAGUGAAUUUUUUAGACAGUGUUUGCCUAAGAAGGCACAGAUGAAAUUUGUAAGAUUUUGGGCCAUUUACUGUUAAUGAUUAUUGUAUUACAAAUAUAGGAAGAUCUGUGUCUAUCAUUACCCUUAUAAAACAUAGUGACUAAAAAUUUGGUAUUACCCACAGGCCCCUUUUCCUGUAUGACUCUCUGAAGCCAUCCUACCAUGUCCCCAAGUAAUGAUAACAGUUAUCACAGUGCUAAGUUAAAUUACUUGAAUGAACACUAGUCAAUUAAAUGAUUAAAUGAUUAACCAAUGCCUCUUCGAGGCGCUUGGUUAACUUUUCCAACUUCUUUGUAACCUUGGCACUCGCUUAGAUGCUGAGGAUACAGGUAGAAUAGUUCAGGACGCUUGUCUGUAGACUUUAAAUUUGUUCUCAAAUUGACCUUUCAAAAGUCUAUUUAAAAAUUAGGAGGGCUUUAAAACAAAAGCAUCUCUUGGGUUAUUUUGGCCAUGUCUCCUUCCACACCAAACCCCUCCACAACUAACUGAAUCGGCGUCACCACAAAGCAAUCCCAGUUUUAUUUCCACUACUAUUCUAUUUUCAUGUCAGCCACGGUUCUGGCCAUUGCUGAUCAAGAGUGCCCCUCACUAACCCCACGCUCUGCUGCUUCUGCUGCUAGAGUGACUGCGCUGAACACAAGUUUGUAGAACAGGAAUAAAUCUCAGGUUUAUUUGGGGAAAGCACAAAUUCAUGACAUUUUUAGCAAAUUCCAUGAGGCGACAGGAGAGGAUGGAGGUCACACAGUGAUGCUUUGAAGGAGAUCAGAAGGCGCCAUUUGAAGUUGGUUGAAGUGGGUUGGUGUUACCUUAGGUAUCCUUGAUGGAGGCAGGAAGUCAUAGCAUUUAACAGGGAGCAAGCCCGUUAUCUCAGCAUUGGUAAUAUGCGAGUCUAUGAAUCCCACAAGGCUCUGAUAAAUAGAUGAACCACAGCAAACACUUGUGUUAUGAUACUGACUUCUGAAUAUUUAUUGACAGGCUAUAGGUUUCCUUUAUUAAGAAUGAAGAAAUAAACUGUCUUCAUCUUUCCUGCUAGUAAGGUUGGAGGCUUUUACUGGUUUGUAUUUUCACAUUUCAAUAAGCAUAUUUUGAAAUCACUAUUUCCCAUCAUAUAAAAUAUCAUAUAAAAUAAGGAACACAGUUUUGUACCCCUUAGCAAAAGAAAGGUCUCAACUUGAUAACUUUUAUGCUUAGUUCAACUUUGUAAAUGUUCUACAAAAGAAGGGGGCAGGGAGGGCUGGGCGCCGUGCCCUUCUACCCAGCAUGUCCAUUUUGCUUUUCAAUAAAAAUAGAACUUAUUUCCCACCUGUCACCAUCACAGUAAAAACCUAACAGCGUAGUUCCUUCUCUUCCUUAUAUUGCAAAAGAUAGUUUUAAUUUAGUUUUGCCAUAUUUAUAUAGCUAAGAAUUUACUACGUUUUCGUAGUCUGUUUUGAAACUAAAUACUUAUAUCUGAAAGAUGCAGAUAAAGUCUGCCUAUUUCUUACACAGUGGGCUCUGUUUGCUACAGAAAAGAGUGAAACUUUUCCCAGCUUAGCACACUUGCCAUUGAAACGGACCUGACAGAGCAGAGGUUCUAACUUUGGCUCUAAUUACUUUUAAUAAUGAUAAGACGUGAGUUUUGUUUGUUUACAUGCUGUUUACAAUGGCAUAAUUUUUAAAAAUCUAUAUGAGAACUGAGAUAUUUAUUGCAUACUAUUUUAAAGAUGUUUUAAUGUGUUUUCACCUUUGGAAUAUAUUGUUACAUUUCCUUGUACAGAUAAUUUGGGUGGCUUUGUUAAUGUAGCUAAUAAUUUUUAUGACUACUAAGUGACCAGUUUCGGUGCCUUCUCUCGUGGGAUGCAUGACUCUGUAUUUAUUGUAAGGAAGUCACUGAUGUGUGUAUUUUUGUACUUUGCUGAGAGUAAUGGUUGAUGUCCAUGAUGAUGAGAGAUGUCUUUCCCAAAGGGCACUGCCUCCAGAUUGACCUUCUCAAAUAAAAAGACUGCAUUGGAAGGUGUAA